UUCAAAUUCCCACAAACGAUAUAGUUGUGUGUGUCAGAUAUCUCUGCCCGUCAAGUUCAGACUAUUGCUUUUGCGGCCAAAAAAAGAAGAUUCCCACUCAAACGGUCCUACACAUGAGAAAGAAAGAAAUCCACACAGCACAAGACAGAGAAAGAAAGAAGCCCAACAAACAGUCGAACACAUUACAGAAACAAGGAGUUGAGGCACCUUCUCCAUCAUGACUGAAGUGGAUUCGGUUCCAAGCCAGAGGUUAGCAGGGAAAGUGGCAUUGGUGACUGGUGGAGCCACCGGUAUUGGAGAAAGCAUUGUGCGCCUAUUCCACAGACAUGGUGCAAAAGUUUGUUUAGUUGAUGUGCAGGACAACCUAUCCUUGCAAGUCUGCGAAUCGCUCGGUGGUGACCCAAAUGUUAGUUAUUUCCAUUGUGAUGUCACAAUAGAGGAUGAUGUUAGCCGUGCAGUUGAUUUCACGGUCAAUAAAUAUGGCACACUUGAUAUCAUCGUCAACAAUGCUGGGGUGUCAGGCUCACCUUGUCCCGACAUCCGCGAUGCAGACUUAUCCGAGUUUGAGAAGGUAUUUGAUAUUAAUGUGAAGGGAGUCUUCCUUGGAAUGAAACACGCAGCUAGGAUAAUGAUCCCACUGAAGAAGGGCAGUAUAAUUUCCCUUUCCAGUGUUUCAAGUGCUUUAGGAGGCUUGGGACCACAUGCAUACACAGGGUCCAAGCAUGCUGUAUUGGGGCUCACCAAGAAUGUUGCUGCCGAGCUUGGAAUUCAUGGGAUUCGUGUUAACUGUGUUUCUCCUUACGGAGUUGCGACAAAUUUGGCUUUGGCUCACUUGCACGAGGAGGAGAGAACUGAAGAUGCCUGGGCAGGUUUCCGUUCGUUUCUAGGGAGAAAUGCCAACUUGCAAGGAGUAGAAUUGACUGUUGAUGAUGUAGCUAAUGCUGUGCUCUUCUUAGCAAGUGAUGAGUCCAAGUACAUAAGUGGAGAUAAUCUUAUGAUUGAUGGGGGCUUCACUUGUGUAAAUCACUCACUAAGAGUAUUUAGAUGAUGGGGUAAAGUUAAUCGGAUUGGUGCCUUGUUUCGAAUGGCAGCUUGGAGCAUGUUGCUGGAAAAGAUUGGACGUGGAUCGAGAUUGCCGGAGGCUGGAAAGUUUAGAAGUCAAUUAAUUAUUGCUCUUGGUAUUUAUAAAUGUAAACGAGAUUGUUUUUUUAACUGUAUUGUGAACUAGAUAUGAAUCAUUACAGCGCAUGAGUCUGCUUAUAAAGAUAGUGUUCAUGCA